AUGGCUUCUACACAAAGUAAUCUACUGAAUAUCACACCAGAAGUAGUGCAUACAAUUAGGAAGAUUUAUAAUCUGGAUGACCCAAAAAGGUUGGAUGAAGCCAUCAAAAUUCUGGAUGAUUGGAUACGUAAGCAGCCUCAUAUCAUCAAGAAAGAUUUCGAUAAGCGGUUUUUAGAGACAGCUAUCCUAACAUGCAAGGGGUCUGUGGAAAAGGCAAAGAAACAAAUAGAUACUUUGUGCACAAUGAAAACUUUGGUGCCAAAGUUCUUUACAGCAUACAGUUUGAAAAAGGAGUUGAAACCAGUAUUAAGUAAAGUGUGGCACAUUCCUCUUCCACAAAUGACAGAAGAUUAUUGCAGAGUAAUCUGGAUCAAACCGCAAUGUGACGAUUUUACGCCUGAGGAGCUGUUGCAGUUUUUCCAAUACACUACUAUUGUUGUUGAAUAUAUUCGAGCUCAUGACUACGUUGAUGGUUUCAUUAUAAUACUUGACUACCACGACUGGAACAUGUUGAAAUUAAUUGCAAGAAUGACUACUCCUGAUGUUCAACCAUUUAUUAAUACUUUAAUCAAAGGCUACGGUGGAAGAUUAAAGAACAUACACCUUAUAACAGAGUCAAAAGCAGUAGAAAUACUUCUAGCAACUGUUAAAAAAUUGCUGAGUGAAAAGCUUGGUAAGAGAAUACAAGUUCAUAAAACUUUAGAAGAUUUCUACAAAGUAUUUCCUAGACAUCUUCUACCAGAAGAGUACGGAGGGAAACAAAACUCUUGUGAGAAGUUACAGGCUGCACUACUCGAAGAAUUAUCUUCAGAUAAACAUAUAGAAUACUUGAAGAUAAUGUCUAAAGCCUGCACGGAUGAGUCCAAACGACCAACGGCAAAGUUUAAUGAAGAAUAUAUGGGCAUGCCUGGGUCUUUCCGGAAUCUGAAAGUAGAUUAA